CCGCAUACAUAAAGCUCCGCUUUGGCACUGCAUACCUUUCUUUUUCUCUCUCUCUCUUUUAUCUUUUAUUUUUUUUCUUUGCUGGUUUUUCCCUUUUCCCUCCAUUAACCUCGGGGAUCCCACAACGUCAUGAAGUUCGGAUCACAACUAAAAGACGCCAUUUACCCGGAAUGGCGUGAAUACUACAUUGAUUACGACGGACUGAAAAGGAAGCUUCGAAAAGCCGAGAAAGACCGACCGUUUACUGAAAAAGAUGAAACCGAGUUUGUUGAAGUUCUAGACAGCAACCUGGAAAAAAUUUAUGCGUUCCAUCAACAGAAAUUGGAAGAAAUCACCAGCCGUAUCGACUCUUGGGACCAGGUCAUCGCCUCUCAGCCUGAGCCAUCCGAAAUGACCCGCGUCCAGGAAAACAUCAACGAGAUUGCUGACGACGUCAACCGCCUGGCACGCUUCUCUCGCCUCAACUACACCGGCUUUCUGAAGAUCGUAAAGAAGCACGACCGCCACACCAACUACAUUUUGCGCCCGAUGUUCAUGGUCCGACUGAACCAAUGCCCUUUCUGGAAGCAGGACGACGACGCAUUGCUUAUCAAGCUCUCGGAAUUGUUCAGCAAAGCACGCCAGGGUGGAAAGGAGAUGUCGUUUAAAAAGCCUCUCACCGUCAAGUCGCAAGAAAGCAGCUCAACAGUAGCAGCAGCAACAGCAGCAGCAAUAGAUCGCCGGCGCAACACAGUGAUGAAACGGUUUUUCGUCCACACAGAUAACAUCCUGGAACUCAAGACAUUCGUACUCCGGCAUUUGCCCGUCCUCGUCUAUCGCGACAACAGCCUCAAGCAAGACAACAUUGACCCGCCCAUCUCGUCGCUCUAUCUCGACAAUGCCGCCCUUGACACAUACAACUCCCGCAUCGAAUCAGCCGAGGGCUCCCAGGUGAUCCGUCUGCGAUGGUACGGCAGUGCCAAGAACAACACGACCAUUGCUGUCGAGCGGCGAACGCUGGCUGACGAGGAGCACAGGGAGUUGACCGAUCGCUUUGUGAUCAAGGAUAAGUACGUGGAUGGGUUCUUGCGUGGCGAGCAGACGUUUAUCGAGAAAUCCGUCGCAAAGAUGCGCAACAAAAUGGGCAAAUCCGAACAGGACGUUGCACGCUUCGAGCAGCUUGCUAAAGAUGUCCAACGCAUGGUGAUGGAGAACCACAUGCAUCCAGUACUGCGCACCUACUACCGACGCACAGCCUUCCAGAUCCCCGGCGACACCCGCGUUCGUAUGGCACUCGACACGGAUUUGUGCUUUAUCCGCGAAGACUCGGGUCUGUUUGCUGAUGACAAGACAGUCCGUCGCCCAGAGGGUCAGUGGCAUCGCACCGAUGCCGACAUUGAGUAUCCUUUCCCGAAACUCGCCUCGAGCGAAGUCAAUCGCUAUCCUUACGCUACCUUUGAAAUCAAACUCGACCUGCCGCCGGGUACGCCAGAGCCUGAAUGGAUCGUGGACUUGGAGGAAAGUGGUAUUCUUGAGGAAGCGCAUCAUUUCAGUAAAUUUGUGCAUGGCAUUGCACUCAUAUUCGAUGCCCGUGUGGCACUGCUUCCAUACUGGCUUGCUCAAAUUGACGAAGACGUGGUCGACCAGCUGCCUGUGCUACCAUCGCAAACACCGUCUGUCACAAACAAAUCGUCCAAGGGCAAGGAUAAGGCCUCGCCUCCUUUGACCUUGGUCGCAGGUGACGAACAAGAGGACGAACGGUAUACUCUGCCUCAACGUUCCUCGAUUACUACCACACCACCCUCUGCAGCUGCUACGGAACGCACUUUGUUGCUAGGACACCGUGGCUCCAGUGGAAUUACUCGUUCGUACAUGGGCAUCAACAAUGCACCAGCUGACGGUGCUUCGACAUCGGCUGCUGCUGUCGCCGCGCAAGACGAAGCAUCAGAACCAGUAGCACAAAAGUUCGGCCAAAUGUGGAAGCAAUGGAUCGGCAAGGACGACAACAGUGAGCCAUCCCGUGAGCCCGUAGUGUUGCCACCUGGUGUCAGAGUGCCCAAAAAGGUGGUGACGCCACUGCGCGUGGAGCCCAAGGUGUUCUUCGCCAACGAGCGCACGUACUUUUCGUGGAUGUCGCUCGGAACACUCCUCUCUACAUUCUCGCUCGCUCUGUUCAAUGCUGGCGACGCCGUCGGCAAGGUCAGCGGCGUCAUCUAUACCCUCGUCUCGCUGUCCACCUUGAUCUAUGGCGUAGGUCUCUACUAUCGUCGUCGCGAGCUGAUUCGCUCUCGGUCGCCAGGUCCAUAUGAUGAGAUCGCGGGACCCACUGUCAUUUGCUUUGCGUUGAUGUUUGCGGUUGGACUGAAUGCCUACCUCAAGUUCACCGUGCACUCGCCAUCUCUGUUCUAUUUUUACUAAUAAUCUGCAUCAUGUAUAAACCAUCUUCUAUCAUUUGCUUUUUGCUUUCCUCUAUGCUGUAUGUACAAUUAUAUCAUUUGUUCCCUUACUCUUUCUCUCUCUCCCU